AUGCUAAAGGUGUUGUCAUUGAAAUGUUUCUCUGGAGAUACUAGACCAUGUGAACAAUUCAUCAAUGCAGGAAGAGAUUCAGAUUUGAUGAUUCAUGAAGCAACAUUUGAAGAUGACAAGGUAGAAGAUUCGAUCGAAAAGAAACAUUCAACCAUUGGAGAAGCUUUAACUAGUUAA